AUGUUAGAUAGUGUGCGCUUGAAGCAAGGCAAGGCAACACUUGAUGUUCAAAAUUGCAUAAUUGGACACGUUCCAGCUCGCAGUAUGAAAACCAGACAGAUUUACUUGAUCAAAGUUGCGCAGGUAUCGUCUACAAGCAGAACGCAGACAAGAAAUGAACUUUACAUUAUGGUUCCCAAACACAAUCGGCUAGCAGUCGACAUCGACCUAGCAAACACCACACAACUCAACCUCGACCUCCCUCCCCCUCCAAACCUCCGAACCCUCCAACCCCCCCGCGCAACAGAAAGACCAAAACCACCCCAUCCCCACAAACGCAAAACAAUACCUCCUCGCCGCGACCCAACCAUCCUAGCCCACCCCUCCCUCUCCACCCACCUCCUCUACUUCUCCCGCUCUCAACCCUUUCACACGUAUACAGGCCGCGGAAAACGCACACGCAGCCCAAACCCACGUUCAGAAUUUCAAGUCGUGCGCGAUGUAGCGAAAUACAAGGGCCUCACGAAAACAAGCGCAGCCGCGCAGCGGGAAUGGCUCGACAGCGAACCGGACUGGAAUAUCGGACUUGAUGCGCCCGGCGCGAGUAUUGCGUGUUGGGAGGGCGUGAGGAUGUUAGGUGUAGGUGGGAACGGGAUUGUGGGGUUGUGGAAACGCGUUAUCCCGUCUUCGCAGCGCGAGAAGGGUGGUGGGAUUCCAGGAAAUGUGAAUCUCGUGGCGGUGAAGCAGAUACAAGGCGACGCCUCCGAUUUCGAGGAGGAGGUGCAUUGGAUGCGACGGUUUCAAGAGGGUGGGAGGCAUACGGUGAGGUGUUAUCAGGUUUCGAAGCGGGAGAGGGGGUUGGGGACUUGGAGGGGGAUGGAUGAUGAGGGGUGUCUAGCGAAAGGCGCGGCAAUCAUAGAGAAUGGAAAUGAAAACCUGGAUGGCCCAACUUGGGAUAAUGGAGAGACGGAGAAUAACAUCGUACAUUUUGAUCUCAAAGAGGGCAAUGUAUUUCUCAAAUUCGAUGACGAUGAACACACCGAAACACCUCUUUUCAAAAUUGCAGAUUUCGGCUUGACAGAUACGAUGCCAAAGCCUGAAUUCCAGACAGAAAGACAGUACAAAUAUAUGAGACAGAAUGGGACCGCAGAUUCCCUGGCUCCCGAACAAAGCAUGCAACCCGACUAUCCAUACAAACACUACAUCGGGCCACCAGUAACAAUAUGGCAGAUAGGAAAAAUGAUGCACUGGGUCGUCACCCGAGGACGAUCAUGUAAUCCGCAUUACCUCGACCCAGACUUCUUACUCGUAAAGCUAGAUGAGAAUGACACCAAGUUCCUCGUAUCAAUGGGCGAGCUUCUGCUUGAAGCGCCAUACUCGGUAGCAUUAAGGAGUCUUAUAUUCAGAUGUCUCGCUUGUAAUUGGGAGAGGAGACCGAAUGCUAGGGAGUUGUUGGCGGAUAUUGAAGUGGGGAUUGAGACUGUUGACGGAAGGAAUGGGGGUGGAAGGAGUGGAAGACAUGGUGAGAUAUCAAAUGAAGAUGGACGAAUGGGAUGGAUGAGAUAUCCCGAACCUCCUUCAGAUCCUGGACGUACUCGAAAGAAACCUAGACGGUAA